AUGUCUGAUCAAGAGAAAAAUGCUUCUACAAACUCUCCAGUUGGAUCUAAUCAGUCUGACUUGGGUGAAGAUCUAUUAGAUGUUUCUACAUCUGAGUCCGAGUUGGUUGGUGAUGAUACGAAGUCUUUGAAGUUUGGACAAACUUUGAUGGAUGAUAAAGAGUUAGAUUGGAUGGUGACUAAUCGGAUGGUGGAGAGGGCAUCUGUUCGUUUGCUUGGAAAUGAAGUAAUUCCUGAUCCAAAACCUUAUGAAUGUGUGGUUUUUCAGGAUCAAUUUGCAGCUAGACUUCGUAUGGCAUGUCAAGACUUUCUUGAACAACUUUUGAAGGCAUAUAAUAUAGAAAUGCAUCAAUUGACUCCUAAUGGAAUAGCGAAGAUUGCUCUUUUUAUUUGGGCAGUGAAGUGUCAAGAUGUAAACUUGGACAUCAGGGCUUUUUGUGCUCUUCAUGAGAUGCAUACUUAG